AUGAGUAAAAGCUUAGCUAAACUUAAAAAACCCCCAAGUGAUUUGACUAAAUAUGACAAUGAACCAUAUAUGCAAAACCCUUUGUUAACUUUCCGGCUCUCAGAUGUGAAAGAUCAAAAACAUUUUAAUUAUUUGAAAAAAAAAGCCGCUCAAGAGAAAAUUAAACUUGCUCGGUUAAGAAUAUCUGGUCUUGAUGAAGAUACUAUCCCAAAACCAGAAAUAUAUUAUCAAGAAAAACUAAAAGAACACAUUAAAAAAAUACCAAUACCAAAAAUGUUGGAGAAAACGGAUCAUAAAAUUAAAAGUUUUGCUCCCAAUAAUUUAAAAACCAAGUUUCCAUUUAUCGUAAAAGCUUAUAUGGAAGAAGUACAUCAAGAAUAUGAUCGCUUAAUGAGAGUUUUUAGUUGUAAAAAAAUUUUAAAAAAUCCUUGUUGUUCUUAUGAAAACCCAGCGGACUAUGAAAUACCAUCCGUUGAUUUUAAUUUCAAAUAUAUUGGUAAAACAAAUAAUUAUCCUACCUAUUUAGCAAAUCGACACAGGCUAAAAAAAAAUUUAUUGAUUAUCCAUCCGUUUGUGCGAGCGAUUUUAGAUUAUUCAGUACAAGAUUUUCCAGAUGUUUUGAAUGAGUUCGACAAAUAUAAUGCAAAUAUAGAAGAACCUUUUGUCUUACCAUCUUUGGUAAAACAAAGUACAAAUGAUUUAUACAAAAGAUCAUACUUUAUUCGCUGGUCAUGGUUUCCAAGAAUAGUUGCGGUUAUCAAAAGAUAUUAUAAAAAAAAAGGAUACAUCGAGAAAUCGGUAUGGACAAAAGCUUUCCGUUGCAUUGAUGGGCUUGUAAUUCGUCAAGUGACAGAUUUGAGAGUACGUACAUUAAACCAUUUGAUUGAUUGUUGUUCAUCAAGCAAACUUAUUCCACAUUUAAAAAUAAAUUUGGAAUGUGAUGAUGGAGGUUUGGAUUUAAAUCCAAGUUAUGAAAUGAUAGAGGCAGCAUUUUGUAGAAUAGCUACUGAAAUACGUGAAGUUAGCAGCAUCUUAGAUCCAAUAGCACCGCAAGUGGAUCCAUAUUUAGCACAAAGAAGUGGUGAAAUGUUUAAACUAAAUGUUAAUGAUAUAUUUUUUGAGGAAAUUAUAGAUAAAAUAAAGACAGCCUUACGUGUUACAUACGCCCCGAUCCGGGAAUAUGUUCAAAGUUUUCAAAAUAGGUAUUAUGCUCUUUAUAGCAAAGAAAUGCUGGAUGAUAUUGAUUGUUUUUUAAGAGAACCUAGAGAAUUUAAAGAAUAUUUUGAAAAGAUUGAGUCAUAUUUUGCUCUAGUAGAUAUAUUGCUGCGAGAACCCCAACGGGAGUUCUUUGAAAUGGCUUUAAUUAAUAAUGCUCCAGCUAUAAAAAAGUUACGUGAAAUUACUGAUACUCAGAUUGACAGAAUAACUAAAAUGAUUGUUGAAGAGCAUAUGAAAGAAGAACAUGAGAUUUGUAGAAUAUUUGAAGCAUUAAGACAAAGAGCUUUAGAAGUGCCAAGAACAACAGAACAAUUAAUGGCCAAUGGAGAAUAUAUGUUACGCAUAAAAACGAAGGAUAUUUUUGUGUUGAGCGAGCGAAUUCAGAAAUGUUUACAAGUCGGUACCGACUUGGUAUCGUUGACUGAAAUGAGUGAAGAACAUAUAGCUUUGACAAUAACUACUAUAAGUUGGUUAGUUAAAAUUAAUGAGGUUUUCGAAACGAAUGCAACCAAUUUUGAAACAUAUAAAGGUGCUUUUGAAGAACAUUUACAAGAAGUUAUUAAGAAAUUAGUGGAAGAUAUUGAUGAGAUGAUACCAAAGUUGGCGGUCUUAGAUGACAUGAGCGAUAAAGAAAAAUUUACAGACUAUUAUUUUUUGCUACAAAAUUUUAUGGAUCAAAUUAAAUGCUUAGAAGACUAUGUCAAGUGGAUUAAUAAGGAAGAAAAACUUUUUAAAAUGUCGGUUAGCAGUUAUCCGAAUUUAGAAGUUAUCAAAGACUUUGUAUUUCCAUUUUCAGCUCUAAUGAAAUUAUGUGUGAGGUGGAAGCGCUAUUAUUUCGUUUGGAUGGAUGGACCUUUUGAAUAUUUAGAACCAAAAUUUGUUGAAGAAACUGUUGAUGAUUUUCAUAAAGAAUUCAUGAAAAAUCAAAAGUUUUAUCGCAAUAAAAUUAAACAAGAUUUGAUAGCAAAUCCAAUUUUAAAAUUUAAGGGGCAAACUGAAGACCCUGACGCGACAAAACAUCCGUGCCCAUUACGUUUAACAUCAAUGAUGCUUUCUUGGAUAAAGGAUUUCGGUAUUGGCGCACAAAUUGUUAAUAUAAUGUGCAAUCCGGCUUUGCGGAAAAGACACUGGAUCGAUAUGUCCGAAAUAGCUGGUUUUGAUUUAACUCCAGAUGCUGGUACGACUUUGCGCAAAAUUAUUAAUUUUGGAUUACAAUCCAAGCUUGAUUCGCUAGAGAUAAUAAGUGUAAGUGCAAAUAAAGAACUGCAAUUGCAAAUGAAUUUAUAUGCAAUGAUUAAAGAAUGGGAUACAAUAAUGUUCCCACAUGGAGUGUAUAGGGAUACUGAUUUAACAAUAUUAUUAAAUUGUGAUGAUAUUCAAACAAUGUUAGAUGAUCAUAUAUUAAAAACAUUAACAAUGAGGGGUUCAGCGUUUAUGAAGCCUUGCGAGCAAGAAGUGUUAGCUUGGUACGAUAAGUUGAUAAGAUUGAAUUCAACUCUUGAUAACUGGGCCAGAUGUCAAGCCAAUUAUUUAUAUUUAACACCAAUUUUUUCCUCAAAGGAUAUUGUUGCGCAAAUGCCAGAAGAAGGGCGGUUAUUUAUAGGCGUCGAUCAAAUUUUCAGGCGAAGUAUAGGCUUUGUAAUACGGCAACCCUUAGUGAUAGAAACAGGUCCAUCACCUGGUUUGUUGGAAUCAAUGGAAAAAGCAAACGAAAUGCUAGAAAAUAUUUCUGUGGGUGUUAAUAAUUAUUUAGAAAGAAAACGAUUGUUUUUUUCGAGAUUUUUUUUCUUAUCCAAUGAUGAAAUGCUUGAGAUACUUUCAGAAACAAGGGACCCACUACGUGUUCAGCCACAUUUAUGUAAAUGUUUUGAAGGCAUUUAUCGUUUAGAAUUUACUGAAGCAAAAGAUGUUCUUGCUAUGAUAAGUUCUGAUCAGGAAAGAAUAAAUUUUGUUACACCGAUUUCAACUGCUGCAGCAAGUGGUAGUGUGGAAAAGUGGCUAGCUCGGGUUGAAGAAGAAAUGUUAAUUGCUGUUCAAAAUGAAAAUGCGAAAAGUUUUUCUGACUUUAGAAAAAGGAAACGAUCAGAGUGGGUUUGCAAUUGGCCUCAAAUGAUUGUAUUGUGUGUAUCGCAAAUUUAUUGGGCUUUAAAUGUUCACUCGAAUUUGAAUAUGCAAAAUCAGAAUUUAAUAAAGGAAGUUUUCAAACAGUUGACAAUUGAUUUAAAUGAAAUUGUUGCUUUAAUUCGCUCAAAAACAAUAUCAAAUUUAAAUCGCAUAACAAUUAAAUCAUUAAUUGUUAUAGAUGUACAUGCUAAAGACGUUAUUGCUGACUUAGUACAAUUAAAUGUUUGUUCUGAAACAGACUUUAAUUGGUUAUCACAAUUGCGUUAUUAUUGGGAAGAAGGAACUGCUCUUGUUCGAAUUAUAAAUGCAACUGUUCCAUUUGCAAAUGAAUAUUUAGGGAAUUCUGAUCGCCUAGUUAUUACACCAUUAACUGAUCGCUGUUACAGAACUUUGAUAGGCGCCUAUCAGCUGCAUUUGAAUGGUGCUCCGGAAGGCCCGGCAGGUACUGGAAAAACUGAGACAACUAAGGAUUUGGCAAAAGCUUUAGCAGUUCAGUGUAAAGUAUUUAAUUGUUCCGAUGGUCUAGAUUAUAAAGCGAUGGGAAAAUUUUUUAAAGGGUUAGCAGCUUGCGGUGCUUGGGCAUGUUUUGACGAGUUUAAUCGAAUUGAGUUAGAAGUACUGUCAGUGAUUGGUCAACAAAUAUUAUCUAUUAUACAAGCAAUUCGAACUAAUCUGUCUAAAUUCGUUUUUGAAGGCACUGAACUAAAACUAAACCCGGCUUGUUAUGUAUGUAUAACCAUGAAUCCGGGCUACGCGGGGAGAUCUGAAUUGCCAGAUAAUUUGAAAGUUUUAUUUCGUUCUGUUGCAAUGAUGGUACCAGAUUAUGCAAUGAUUGGGGAAAUUUCCUUGUAUUCUUUUGGUUUUAUAGAUGCCAGAAAACUAGCUGUUAAAAUUGUUACAACAUAUCGAUUAUGUUCAGAGCAACUUUCAUCUCAAAACCAUUACGAUUAUGGAAUGAGAGCAGUAAAAACUGUUUUAUCAGCAUGUGGAAACAUUAAAAAAGCUUUCCCGGAUGAAGAUGAAAACGUUUUAUUGUUAAGAUGCCUGUUAGAUGUUAAUUUACCAAAAUUUCUUUCAUUUGAUAUACCACUUUUCGAGGGCAUUAUUUCUGAUUUGUUUCCAGCUAUCAAAUUACCUCAAUUAGAUUAUUCAUUAAUGGAAAAGGCUUUUAAAGAAGCUUGUCAGGAAUCUAAUUUACAACCAAUAGAAUCAUUUUUCAUAAAAAUUAUUCAGACAUAUGAAAUGAUGAUAGUACGCCAUGGUUUUAUGUUAGUAGGAGAUCCAAUGGCAGGGAAAACUAAGACCUUGCAAGUUUUAGCUGCCAUCUUAGAGAAAUUAAAAAAUUUAAACGACGAAGCGAGCAAGUAUUACCAAAAAACUGAAAUGGGUAUAGUUAAUCCAAAAUCAAUUACGAUUGGUCAGUUGUAUGGAGCAUUCGAUUCUGUAUCAUAUGAAUGGACUGAUGGAAUUGUUGCAACAAUAUUUCGUGCAUUUGCUAUGGAUUCAUCACUAAAUAGGAAAUGGGUAAUAUUUGACGGGCCUGUAGAUGCCGUGUGGAUUGAAAAUUUAAAUACAGUAUUGGAUGAUAAUAAAAAAUUAUGUUUAACUUCUGGAGAAGUAAUAGCAAUGUCUCCACAAAUGUCAAUGAUUUUUGAAGUUAUGGAUUUAUCACAAGCAUCACCCGCUACAGUUUCCCGUUGCGGUAUGAUAUACAUGGAGCCUAAAAACCUAGGUUGGAAGACGUUUGCUUUGUCCUGGUUAAACAAGUGUGAUUCCAAAUGGGCUGAUGAAAAUGGACGCGAUUUAAUUUUACAAUACCUAGACUGGCUUGUUGAACCGUCACAAACUUUUAUUCGAAGGAAUUGUUCUCAACUCCUAAACCCUGGAGAAUUUAGUGUCUUGCGUACAACUUUUGAGUUAUUUGACAUGUUUAUGGCCGAAGCUCUAGAUGAAAAUCCUGAAGAGUACACGAAAUAUCUUUUUUAUUGGAUUCCAGUAGCAUUAAUGAAUGCUGUUAAUUGGGGAAUAGGGGGAAUUCUAGAUAUUAAAUCUAGAGAAAAAUUUGACGAGUUCCAAAGAUCGAUGUGGACAAAUACAAAUGAACAGUAUCCUAUGCCUAGAAAAUUGGGAAACGUGGAAAUUAUUAUGCCAGGAGAAGGCCUUAUAUUCGAUUAUUUGUACGUUUUCAAGCAAAAGGGACAGUGGAGAUACUGGCCUGAUAUUGCAAGAAAGCAAGAUAUUGAAAUUACACCAUCAGGAUAUUUAGUGAAGACAAUAGAUACAGGACGAUAUAUGUACAUUUUAGAUUUACACUUUAAGCAUAAUAAAAAACUACUAUUUGUUGGGCCAACUGGAACAGGAAAAAGUUUUUAUGUCCAAAAUAUGAUAUUGACAAAGCUCAGUGAAGAGUUAUACACAAAAAACUUUAUAACUUUUACAGUUAUGAUGACAGCAAAUCAAACGCAAGAUUUGGUGCUUUCUAAGCUAAUUAAACGUCGACGGGGUUUUUUUGGACCACCAAAAGGUCAAAUUGCGGCAAUAUUUGUUGAUGAUAUGAACAUGCCAGCUAAAGAAAAAUUUGGUGCACAACCGCCUCUUGAACUCUUAAGGCAAUACUUUGAUUACGGUCAUUGGUAUGAUUUGAAGGAUACAACAAAAGUUUGGAUUCAAGAUACAUUAAUGAUAUGCGCUUGUGCGAUUCCUGGUGGUAGUCGCCAAGACGUUUAUGCAAGGUUUUUAAGCCAUUUUAAUAUAUUUUCAAUAAACGAAUUCGCAGAAAUUACUAUGAAUCGUAUUUUUGUUUCAAUACUAAGUACAGCAUAUAAAAAUAAUGGUCAUACUAUGGAAGUUAAUGCAUCGGUUAAACAAAUUGUAGAUGCAACAUUAAUAAUUUAUAAAUUAGUUCAAAUGGAAUUAUUACCAACUCCUUCAAAGGCACACUAUAUUUUUAAUAUUAGAGAUAUAGCUCGAGUUAUUGGUGGUUGUUCAUUAUUAAAAAAGGAAUCGGUGGACAGUAAAACAGUUUUCCCAAGAAUUUGGUAUCAUGAAGCCAUGAGAAUUUUUUAUGAUAGAUUAGUCGAUAAUUACGAUUAUGAGUGGAUGUUUAAUAAGCUAAAUGAUUGUCUUAAAGAGUGUUUUAAUACAAGUCCUGAAUUAGCGUUUGAAAAUUAUCUUAAAGAAGAAGGAAGCGAAUUCAAUUUAGAUCUCGCUAAUAAAAUUAUUUUUGGUUCGUAUUUAGAUGAAGAUGUUGAAACAGAUGAUAAAAAAUAUGAAGAAGUGCAGUCAGUUGAAGUAUUUUACAAUAUUGCUUUCAAAAAUCUUGAAGAAUACAAUUCAAUGAGAAAAACUAAAAUGGAUAUAUCUUUAUUCACAUAUGCUCUUCAGCACUUAAAUAAAAUUUGUCGUGUAAUGUCUAUGCAAGGUAGUAGUGCUUUGCUAGUCGGUAUUGGUGGUUCUGGCCGACAAUCGUUAUGUAAAUUGGGAGCUCAAAUAAAUUCACAGUCUUUAUAUCAACCUGAAAUUACAAAAAAUUAUGGCGCAAAUGAUUGGCAUGACGAUUUGAAAGCAGUACUAAAAGAAGCUGGUGGAUUAGGAAAACAUACAACUUUCUUAAUGACAGAAAAUCAAAUUAAAAUGGAAUUAUUUUUGGAAGAUAUUGAUUGCUUACUAAACACUGGCGAAGUUCCAAAUAUGUAUGCAAUAGAUGAAAAGCAAGAAAUUUUAGACUUGGUUCGUUUAGCAGCACAAGGAGGCAAUAGGAAUUUGGAUGUGUCCCCGCUUCAAGUUUUUUCGUAUUUUGUUAAUAGAUGUCACCAAAAAUUGCAUAUUAUGCUUUGCUUAAGUCCGAUUGGUUCAUCGUUACGAACUCGUAUUCGACUUUACCCAUCUCUGGUUAACUGUUGUACUAUAGAUUGGUUUCAAUUGUGGCCAGAAGAAGCUUUGACUGUAGUUGCUGAACGAUGUAUGAAUGAAGUAGAGCUUGAGCAGAACAUUAAAGAUGCCGCUGUUGUCUCAUUUCAAUAUUUUCAUACAACGGCUAAUAAAAUAAUAGAAGAAUUUUAUAAAGAAACGGGUCAUAUAAUAUAUAUAACUUCAGCAUCCUUUCUAGAAUUGAUCAAAUCAUUUCAAUUGCUUAUUGAAAGGAAAAUGAAAGAUGUUAUGGAUCAAAAGACAAGAUAUCUUGGAGGCUUAGAAACACUAAAAAGGGCAGCCGCUACAAUAGCUAUUAUGUCAAAAGAAUUAAAUGAUCUUCAACCAAAAUUAGUAAAAAUGGCAGAAAAUUCGCAAAAAAUGAUGGAAGAAAUAAGUGUUGAGACAAUUGCUGCUACGGCAGCUGCCGAACAGGUUAAAAAAGACGAAAUUGUUGCUAAAGCGCAAGCUGAAGCGGCCGAGAUUUUAAAAAGCGAAUGUGAAAAGGACCUUGCCAAAGCAAUUCCAGUGUUGGAAGAAGCUUUGCAAGCUCUGAAUACAUUAAAGCCAUCAGAUAUUACUCUAGUGAAGUCUAUGAAAAAUCCGCCAUCUGUUAUAAAAUUAGUUUUAGCUUCGGUUUGUGUUAUAAAAGGAAUUUCUCCUGAUCGCGUUAAUGACCCAACAACAGGUAAAAUGGUGAAUGAUUACUGGGGACCAAGUAAACGCCUUCUUGGUGAUAUGAAUUUUCUCCAAUCAUUGAAAGAUUUUGAUAAAGAUAACAUUCAUACAGAAAUAAUGAAAAAAAUUCGUAAAGACUAUAUUCCCAAUCCGGAAUUUCAACCAAAAAUUGUUGCUAAAGCAUCAAGCGCUGCAGAAGGUUUGUGCAAAUGGGUAAUAGCAAUGGAUUUAUAUGACGCAGUAGCAAAAGUUGUUGCCCCAAAAAAAGCUAAAUUAGCUGACGCAGAAAAAGAGUAUGCAGAUACAAUGCAGUUGCUGAAUGAAAAACGUGAACUGGCUGCUGAGUUAGAAAGAAAUCUCGUACGUUUAAAUGAAGAAUUAGAUAAGGCUAACAUGGAGAUGAAGCGGACAAAAGAUGAGGUUGAGUUUUGUCAAACUAAAUUGACAAACGCAGAAACAUUGAUUAGCGGUUUAGGUGGAGAAAACGAACGUUGGACAAAAUCCGCAGAAAAUUUACAGCUUGUUUAUGAUCAUUUACCAGGCGAUAUUUUGAUUUCUUGUGGUAUAAUAGCCUACUUAGCGACAAUAACAGCAAAACUUCGUUGUAAAUGUAUAGAAGAUUGGUUUAAAAAGUGUAAAAGUUUAAAUAUCCCGUGCUCAGAUAAAUAUGUUCUGCUGGAGGCAUUGGGUUCUAGUAUUAAAGUUCAAAAUUGGAAUUUAUUUGGUUUACCGAGAGAUCCUUUUUCAACAGAAAAUGCUAUUAUAAUGGAUAACUCAAGACGUUAUAGUUUGUUUAUAGAUCCUCAAGGUCAAGCAAAUAAAUGGAUUAAGAAUAUGGAAAGAAUCAAUAAAUUAACAACUGUCAAAUUUUCUCAGAGUGAUUAUAUGAAAAUAAUUGAGAAAUCCAUAGAAGUUGGUACACCAGUUUUAAUUGAAAAUAUUAUGGAAGAGUUAGAAGUACCGUUGGAUCCAAUACUAAAUAAAAAUAUUUUUAAGCAAGGAGCUCAUGAAUACAUUAGUUUGGGUGAUAAUAUUGUGAUGGUUUCUCCAAAGUUUCGACUUUAUAUGACUUCAAAUCUCAGAAAUCCACACUUUUUACCAGAGAUUUAUAAUAAAGUUACUAUAAUAAAUUUUGCUCUAACGCAAUCAGGGUUGGAGGAUCAGUUAUUAAGCAUUGUUGUCGCAAAAGAACGACCAGAUCUUGAGGAGCUACGGCAAAUUUUAGUAACAGAAAACGCGGAAAACCGGACUGCUUUAAAAGGUGCUGAAGACAUGAUAUUGCUCACCUUAUCUGGACCAGGUAAUAUUUUAGAGAAUCAAGAAGCUAUAGAUAUAUUGGAAGAAUCAAAAAAACUCUCUGUUACAAUUCAACAAAAACAAGAAACGUCUAAGGUAACUGAAGCGAAAAUUGAUACCUUUCGCCUUAAUUAUAAAACAGUUGCUCGGCACUCAUCUGUUUUAUACUACACAAUUACUGACUUACCAAAUAUUGACCCAAUGUAUCAAUUUUCCCUUAAUUGGUAUAUUAAUCUGUAUAUUUAUUCGAUUGAAAAUGCUAAUAAAUCAAAAGACAUUGGAAGACGUAUUAAAUUCCUGAUUGAGGCAAUAACGUUAAAUUUGUAUAGCAACAUUUGUCGAUCAAUAUUUGAAAAGGAUAAGUUACUGUAUUCUUUCAUUUUGGCAACGCAAAUUAUGAUUGCUGCAGAUCGUAUGGAUUCUACUCAGUUACUUUUUUUCUUAACCGGUGGUGUUGAUGUUAAAAAAAAAUCGCCAAACCCGAAUUCAACUUGGAUUUCAGAAAUUAUGUGGAAUGCAAUUUGCAAUUUAGAACAAUUAAAUAUUUUUAAAGGAAUAACUAAUUCUUUUAAAGAAAAUUCGAUAGAAUGGAAGGCUUACUAUGAUCACGCAGAGCCACAAUCACAAUUGUUACCCGAUCAUUGGCACGACAAGACAAGUGGUUUUGAAAAAAUUAUAAUAUUAAAAGCAAUUCGCCCUGAUAAAGUAUGUACUGCGUUAAAGAACUUUAUCACAGUUGAAAUAGGGCAGCAAUUUGUACAACCACCUCCAUUUGACAUAGCAAAAUCGUAUGAAGAUUCAAAUUGUUUAUCUCCUUUAAUUUUUAUAUUAUCACCAGGAUCCGAUCCUAUGAGUUCAUUGGUUUCAUUUGCCGAAAAAAUUGGUUUCGACGAACAGUUUCAAAGUAUUUCUUUGGGGCAAGGGCAGGGUCCAAUAGCUCAACGACUGAUUGAAGAUGCCCAAGAAAGUGGGUAUUGGGUGUGUUUGCAAAAUUGCCAUUUAGCAUCAUCAUGGUUACCCACUCUUGAAAUUUUGUGGGAAAAAAUGGACGUUUUUAAUACAGAUCCACAAUUUAGAAUAUGGUUAACCGCGUAUCCAUUCGAUAACUUUCCAGUAGCUUUAUUACAAAACUCGGUUAAAAUGACAAAUGAACCUCCAACUGGCUUGCAACAAAACUUACUUAGGUCUUACAAUUCGGAGCCAGUUAAUGACGAAAAAUUUUAUUUAGGUUGUCCUUCAGCUGAUCGUGCCUUUACCCGGCUCCUGUAUGGUAUAUGCUUUUUUCAUGCUGUAGUUCAGGAGCGAAGAAAAUUUGGUUCUCUUGGUUGGAAUAUUGCUUACGGAUUUAACGAAUCAGACUUCCAAAUUUCGGUUCAACAACUUUUGAUGUUGCUUAAUCAAUAUGAAGAAAUUCCUUUUGCAGCAAUUUCUUAUUUAACUGCAGAAUGUAAUUAUGGUGGAAGAGUCACAGAUGAAUGGGAUAGAAGAUCAAUAGUUACUAUUUUAAAAGAUUAUGUCAAUAAUGAUGUUGUUUGCGACAUGAAAUAUCGUUUUGCUGACGAUGACAUUUACAUUUUACCACGUCAAAACGAGCACAGAGAAAUUAUAAAAUAUAUUGAGGAAAAUAUACCAACAAUGCCCCCACCGGAGGUUUAUGGCUUGCAUUCUAAUGCUGGAAUCGUGAGAGAUUUACAAACUUCGAAAUCUCUAAUUGAUUGUAUGAUUUUAACUCAGGGUAAAGGAACAACUGCAUGUUUUGUUGCAGACAAUAUUUUAUUGGAAGUUGUUACUAGAAUUGAGGAAAGCCUUCCAGAAGAUUUUAACAUGGAAGAGGCCAAGAAGAAAUAUCCCGUUAAUUAUAAUGAAAGCAUGAACACUGUAUUAAUACAAGAAAUGGAUCGUUUUACAAAAUUGUUAAAAGAAAUCAAAAAGUCUUGCAGUAAUUUAAAAAAUGCGAUAAAAGGAAACAUAGUUUUGACACCAGAACUUGAAGAAAUUAUAAUAGCUAUUAAUUCCAAAAAGGUUCCCACAGUUUGGAUGAAAAAAUCAUACCCGAAUUUGAAACCAUUGGCAUCCUAUAUUCAAGAUUUUCUAGAUCGAUUGAAUUGGUUAGAAAAAUGGUUUUUAAAUAACAAACCACCAACAUUUUGGCUGUCAGGUUUUUUUUUCACUCAAUCGUUUUUAACAGGAGCUUUGCAAAACUAUGCACGAAAAUAUAAAAUCCCAAUAGAUGCAUUAACAUUUGAUUUUGAAGUAUUAAAGGCUUUUUGGAUGGAAACUCCUCCAGAAGAUGGAGUUUAUAUUAACGGAUUGUUUUUAGAAGGAUCAAACUGGAGUUGGGAAAAUAAUGGUUUAGUUGAACAAUCGCCAAAAAUACUAUUUACAGUUAUGCCUGCAUUUCACUUCUAUCCGAUACUCAUUAAAGAACUGCAAGAAGGCUCAAGAUAUCGGUGUCCCUUAUAUAAAACAGCUGAGCGUAAAGGUACUUUAUCAACAACGGGACAUUCAACCAAUUUUGUUUUAUCGCUCCUUUUGAAUACAAAAAUGCCGGCAUCACAUUGGAUAAAGCGAAGUACCGCUUUAAUAUGUCAAACAAGCAGUUAA